UGAUAAAGGGACAAUAGGUAAGUCAAUCAAUCUAAUUAAUGUUCGAUAAAGAUAUUAAAAUCAUUAAUAAUGUGACGCAUAAGUAGACUGUCUUCAGUCUGUCGCACCUGUCCCGAUAAUCAGGACUGCAGUUCGCGCUACGAUGUUUUAGUGUUUUGAAAGAUCCACGCUCCACAUAUACGAUAUUUUAUAAUGACGGCAAAAGUAAUUGUGUUAGGCUUAUUCUUUUGUGCUUUCAGUAUACAUAAUGCAUUCGCACAGGACGUAGUCGAUAUACAUUUGGAUAAUCUCCUAUCGAUGCAGCAAGGAUUGGGUUUGCCACAUUCGCUGCAGGUGGCUACAGGGCACGACGCACUGAUGAAACUUCGCAGAGAAAUGCCUAAUCCAUACACUUGUACGAUCACUACACCUAUGGGAGUGACUUUCGAUAUUCAGUCUCCACCGGACAACAGGUUUGAGAGCUGGAGUGAUAACUGCGGUGUUCGAGUACGAAACGUCACGUUGAGCGAUGAAGGUCGCUGGAGGCUCACCGCCACCGCCGGGGAAGAUUCCAUUUCGGGGUGGAUCGAGUUAUACGUCGAAGAUGACAAGACAUCCUACACUGCGCCAACCAUUUCGCUGCAGGAUGGUCAAACCCACGCCAACGUUGAGCUCACCACGCUCGACAACUUGUACUGUACGGUGGCUCAGCCGGCCUCCGAGAGUUCGCUGGUACCUGGCCAUUGUGCAGUGACGUUAGACCGCAUUACUCGCGCUGUAAAAGGCAACUGGGAUGUUUUACUGGCUCUUCCAGGGAAGAUUAACGAGUUGCAUGUGCAAAGACAGAUCUCUGUUGAAGCGGAGCGACUAGAUGUCGGCUUCAUUCACGACUCGAAUGCUAACAAGAUCCAUUUGUACUGUAACAUCCUGGUCACCGAGAAAAACAUUACCUUCUGUCGCUUCCAAAGAACUAAUGCUGCAUCUGGCUACAACAUUAUGGACGGGCUGAGUGAUGGCGUACAUAGUUAUUACGGGGAAGGGUUCGAUCAACGCCACUGCGGUAUGACCAUUGAAGAACCGACAGCUCAAGACUUCAGCACAUGGCGCUGCACUGUGGGCGUACAGGCGUGGGUAGGUGCCUUAAUCGAGCAACAGACCCCUCUGCAGGCUCUCAUCAGUGUCUCGUCCAAUAAUAGAAUGUCACGUUCUCUCGAAGAGACAGAGAUACAGACAGUGUUCACACAAGUGGACAGAGAGUUCACUGUGAUGUGCCGCGCGGAUCGCUCGCUGAGGUACUGCUGGUUUCAGCAUCCUAACGGCACGCAGUACACGCCGCUGCCACUUGCAGAUGAAAACCAACAGUUUUGGUACUCCGGCGAGGACUUUCAAGCGGGUGACUGCGGCAUAACAUUUUCCCACGCCACAGAAGGAGACGCCGGCCUCUGGAUGUGCCAUAUGGGGCCCAGCGACCAAGUAGGCGUGGAAGUCACCGACCGACUCAACGUGAGGGUCACGGGGCCCCUGGCGGCCAACUAUCAGGAGAUAGAGACCGUAGUAGGGGAGACAGCCACUGUAUAUUGCCGUACGUCGAACGGCGUCCGACCGCUCGAGUAUUGCCGGUUCAUGACGCCCAGUUUUGUUGGGCUCAGCGUGGAUGAAACAGUUACGGAAGAGAAUGCGAUACUAAACCGCUUCUACUUCACUCCUGGCCGCAUGCUGAACUAUGGGGACUGCUCACUGACCAUCAGCUCUGUUAGGGCCGAGGACAUAGGAGUUUGGACGUGCGCUGCUGUGGUCAACGGGGACACCGAAGAAGCGAGGGACACAGUCACUCUGUAUGUUAGCGCAGGUUCAGCGCACAACGCUCGGACCCUCUCUCAAGCCGGCAUAGCAGGCAUGGUGAUAGGUCUGGCAGCUGUACUCGCCGCAUUAGCGGGGGUCGUAUGGUAUAAACGGCACUCCUUGUUCACCUCCAUGAGGUCCAACAGAUCCACGGACCCGACAGUCGCGUUCAGUCGACGUCAUUUGUCAACCAGUAGCUGCAGCGGGUCUUCAAACAGCAGUGUGUUGGAAGACUUAGAACUGCCUACAAUAACAACCUCGCAAAGAACAUCGUGAAUGUGCUUACAUAUCUGGAUAUAUUUCUUGAUUUAGGGUUGAUUGCAAAACAAAUUACGUAGUUACCUGUAAUUAACAUAAUAGCAGUUGAGUUAAUAAUUUGACAACAAGUAACAUUUGUCUGUCGCUAUGUAUGUGUGUAUAUGUAUGCUAGGUAUCGCUGGAGCGACAUGGUGGAGGCGGAUCUGCGCGAGCUUCGAGUCGACAGUUGGCGAGAGGUCGCACAGGACCGAGAAAAGUGGCGCUGUCUUGUGUCGGAGGCCAAGUCUCAUUUUGGGUCGCUGAGUCAACGGAGUAAGUAAGUAAGUAAGUAUGUACUUACUUGUAUGAAGUCUUUCAUUCAAAAAAUAUUCAUACCGGAUACAAAGUUCCAACCCCUUUUUAAACUUUAGAAAAUGCUAAAAUGACUUUUCUUGUAUUAUUAUAAAAACAUUUUUACGAAGUUUUAAGUUCCAAGCGUAAAUUAAAACUUGUACAACAUACACACUUUUAUCCCCUUUUUAACCCUCUUAGGGGUUGAAGUUUUCAAAUUUCUCGUAAAAACUAUUUUUAUGUGAUUGAAUGUGCAAAGAAACUUCUAGCUUUAGUCGUUUUGGCUAUGUGUUAAUAUGUCAGUCAGUCACGAUAUAUUUCGUUCAUUUCAAUUCGUGUUCCUUUAUCUUCCCUCGGUUUUUCAUUUCAAUCUAUGCCUUCUUUGGAUUCCUUGCAAGCUCCAGAAAGUAAAAGUAGAAUAUAGCCUUUCAUUGAACAAUGCAUACAAUAUGUAUCAUACAAUAUGCAUACAAUAUGUAUGUAUUGUACACACUCACAAUAUCAAAAUUAACAGGCCGCGUAGCCAGCGUGCACAUCGUUAACGCUCUUUAGCGUACCGUAGUCACCUCUCAUCAUCUAUCACUCUUCGACAUUAGUGCGACAGUAAUAGAGACUACGAUACGCUACGGAGCGUUAACGAUUUGCACGUUGGCUUCGCGGCCAGCACAACUUUAAAAAAACUUUUCAUAAAAAACGCUGAGUCCGCAUGAAACGAGAUAAUGAGAGAAUACAUAGAUAUACGCUAUAUAUUUUUAUGCAUGUAAGUAAAGUACCUUAAAUUGAAACUGCUUAAUUGUCUUAUCACAAUGGAAUCAAUUAACUUAACACCAAUCAGUUCCUUAACUACGUAAUUUUUUUUGCACUAUAAUUAUUUUUACAGUACAUAUGGUGCUACUUUAUAGCACUAGUGCGAAAAUUAGAAUAUUACGUUACUGUGUCGAACAUUUAAAGGGCCAUAUGUACUGUAAAACGUUGUACGAUACAUGUGCAAAUAGGCAAUUCGCAACUCGUGUCGGUUUAAAAUUAUUAUUUUUCGCACUUGUAUCGUAAUGUACUAUAAUAUGAUAAAAUUAUUAUUAUAAUAUUGCAAAGUA